AUUUCCUUUAGUCUUGUCACAUACUUUCUCUUCAUCAUCUUCUUCUUCUUUUGAAUAUAACCUCACCGGCAAAACAAGAAUUCGGUAGCUACAUCAAUCUCAACCUUCCUUCAUCUGAUAUAUAUCAAGUAUCUAGAGGGAAAACUCAAUUGCUUGAUGUAGAAAAAUUUCUAUUUCAUGAUUCUUGCAUAGAAAACAGAUCGAAAUAUAAACAAUGGCAUUUCAGAGAGAUGGUGAUCUUAACCUUGAGGCUACAGAGCUCAGGUUAGGCCCUCCGGGCACCACCGAAGAGCCGGAAAAGCAAACCCAUCCUACCACUACUGCUAAGUGCAACAAAAGAUCUUUGCCUGACAUGAACGAGGAAUCAGCAGGCUCAAGGACGAACAACUCUAAUGUCUCCAAUGAGAAAAAGCACGACCGAACUUCUCCUCCCACCAAGGCACAAGUGGUAGGGUGGCCACCAAUCAGAUCUUACCGGAAAAACUGUCUUCAAGCAAAAAAAAUGGAGGCUGAGGCUGCCGGAAGUGGAAUUUACGUUAAAGUUAGCAUGGAUGGUGCUCCUUAUCUUAGAAAGAUCGACUUGAAGGUCUAUAAGGAUUAUCCUGAGCUCCUUAAGGCCUUAGAAGACAUGUUCAAGUUCAAAGUCGGUGAGUAUUCUGAGAGGGAAGGGUAUAAUGGGUCAGAAUUUGCACCUACAUACGAAGACAAAGAUGGUGAUUGGAUGUUGGUUGGAGAUGUUCCAUGGGAUAUGUUCAUGAAUUCCUGCAAGAGGCUGAGAAUUAUGAAAGGUUCAGAAGCUAGAGGCUUGAGUUGUGCUGUGUAAAUUAAAAGCUCCUACCAGAAAUAUAAAUAUAAGAAGAAGAAGAAGAUCGAUAAGACCAUGCAUAUGCAUCUUCAUGAACAAGAAAUAUAUCCUUUUUGCCGGGGCUUCCACGAAGAAAAACCUGGAUCUGUUUUUCCCAGAAAAAAAAAAAAAAGCAAAAAAAUUCUUGAUCCAGUUUUUUGUUUUUCAACUUAUGAGAUUGCAAGGUGAAAAUUAUAGGGAAUUUUUAGGAGAUCUUCGAAAGAAGAUCACAGAUCUGCAUGUAUAGUCUGGUAUAUAUAUUAUGUACAAAUAUUAACGAGUGAUGUAUUUGUAUAUCUUCCAAAAGUUUUUUCAUGCAUGCAGCAAUGAAAUAAUUGAAUUAUAUAUAUAUAUUUACACUUUCUCAA